AUGAGACCGCCUCAGUCCCUGGACGACCCUGCCUCUCUCUCCUUCGCCGACCUCGUUAAGCAGCAACAGAGCGCGUCUUCCUCUCAGACGGAAGGCCGCGGAGAUCUUCUGCUCGCGUACGGCUCGUGUCUCCUCAGGAAAUUCAGAGACAAACUUGGAGAUGCCUUGUGGGGCGUGCUGGAGACAGUGUAUCUGCAGGCGCUGGAAUUCCGCCAGGAUCGAUGGGCCACGUAUUGUCUCCAAGCUCUUCAGACGCGGUGGAGAGACAGCACACGAGUGAAGCGCCUCAAGGGCAUCGCCUUGGAGGCGCAGGGUCAAUGGGCCGCAGCGCUCUGUCACUACGAUUCCUUGCUCAGUCAACAGCCGCAUGACCCUCUAACGCGGAAACGCGUGACUGCUGCUCUGAAAAACCAAGGUCGUGUAUCGGAAUGCAUUCAAAUGCUUUUCCUGCAUUUGGAUGAGAUGGCGACCGAUGCGGAGGCGUGGCAGGAACUGGGAACGAUUUACGCGAGCGAAGGGCGCCUCGCGCAGGCUGCGUUUUGCUUUGAAGAGCUGCUCGUUCACGAUCCUCUUAAUACCCUCUUUCUUUGUGUGUAUGCAGAGCUCCAGUUCGGACUCGGCCGCUUCCGCCUGAGCCGUCAAUACGCGGCGCAUGUCGUCUCUCUGCAGCCGCAGAACAGUCGGGCGCUGUGGACUCUGAUUCUUACGUCCAGAAACUCACUGGAAAACGCAUGCGCCAACCGGAAGGGAGCAACUCGGGAGAGGGUGAAGAAAGCCGACAGAGACAGAGCGCUCAACAGGAAUGGCACCGGAGCUGCGGCGGCCGAAGACGAGUUGAAAACGCUUCUUCAUCUUUCUCUGGGCGCAGUCAGAAGGCUCGCGGGGAUCUACGAAAAGGCGCUGGCAAAGGGGGAGGAAAACGACGACACCCCAGGAGGGCCUCUGGACAGCGCGUUUGGUGCGGCCGCGCUGAGGCGUCUCGCAGCGCAUCGAGUCUUCUUCCUUUCCAGAGCCAAGGAGGUGAAUGCGAAAGUUGGAAAGUAG